GAGAGUUCCAGCCUUGUUUAGAUGGAUUCGUCUGCUUUGUUACCCUGCCUUUCCAAGCCUCCAGCAGAAACUCUUCAAUAUCUUGCACGUUUCAGACUUCACUACUCCGAUCAGCUUGGAGGUAACAUGUGGCUCUUGACAGCUCUGCUCCUUUGGGUGCCAGCUGGUGCGCAGAUCUCAGCGGACCCCUCAAAGGCAGUGAUCACCUUGCAACCUCCAUGGGUCAGUGUGUUCCAAGAGGAAAAUUUAAACUUAUGGUGUGAGGGACCCCAUUUACCUGGGGACAUCUCUACACAGUGGUUUCUCAAUGGCACAGCCAUUCACACCUUGACCCCCAGACACAGAAUUGCUGCUGCCAGUGUCAAUGACAAUGGUGAAUACAGGUGCCAGACAGGUCUUUCAGUGCCAAGUGACCCAGUACAGCUGGAAGUCCACAGGGAUUGGCUACUACUCCAGGUCUCUAGCAGAGUUGUCACGGAAGGGGAAUCUCUGACCUUGAGGUGUCAUGGAUGGAAGAAUAAGACGAUAUACAAUGUGCUUUUCUACCAAAAUGGCAAGGUCUUUAAAUUUUCUACUGGGAAUUCUGAAUUCACCAUUCUGAAAACCAACCUGAGUCACAAUGGCAUCUAUCGCUGCUCAGCCAUGGGAAAGCAACGCUUUGAAUCAGCAGGAGUAAAUAUCACUGUAAAAGAGCUAUUUCCAGCCCCAGUGCUAAAAGCAUCUUUGUCAUCACCCAUCCUGGAGGGGCAUCUGGUCAACCUGAGCUGUGAAACAAAGUUGCUCCUACAGAGACCUGGUUUGCAGCUUUAUUUCUCCUUCUACAUGGGCAGCAAGACCCUGCUGAGCAGGAACACAGCUUCUGAAUACCAGAUACUAACUGCUACGAGAGAAGAUUCGGGCUUAUACUGGUGUGAGGCUACCACGGAAGAUGGCAGCGUGGUCAAGCGCAGCCCCGAGUUGGAGCUUCAGGUGCUUGGCCUCCAGACACAACCUCCUGUUUGGUUUCACGUUCUUUUCUAUCUGGCAGUGGGAAUACUGUUUUUGGUGGACACCAUUUUCUGUAUAAUUAUAUAUAAGGAACUGGAAAGAAAGAAAAAGUACAAUUUAGAAGUCUCUUUGGACUCCGGUCAAAAGAAAAGAAUAAACUCCUGUCUUCAAGAGAGGUAUUUAGAAGAGCCAUAAUGUCAUGAACAAGAGCACUGCAAGAAAGGAAUACCAGAAGCCCCUGGAAGGAGGGCCGUAGCAGUGGCCCAGCCGGUGCCCACGGACCCAGACAGUCCCUCCCCUUCUUCUCUGUGCAAGCACUGGGGUGCAACCAUCCCAAAGUUUAAAGACAUUAAAACUGUGACUCUCAUGACAUCUGAUUAACUCUGAAAUAAAAUAAACAAUGAGCUGA